UGUGAUUUCUGUUUUGGGGAAUUACGCAAAAUGAGUUCCCAUUGAGAAAACCUUCAGGUACCCAGAACAAUUUUGUAUUUAUCAGAAUGGCCUGCAAAAAGAAGACCAAGCUGUGGGAGUCCAUAACCAAGGAUGAGCUGCAGACCACCACACAGUCAAUGCUCGAGCAGGGCGCCAACGGUUUAAAGGCAAUUCCCAUACAAAAGAAGAAGCUGCUUAACUUUCAAUCUUUCAGAAUGGAAGAUCCCCGUUAUGGAACAGGCGCCGUGGAAGACUGCAUGGAACCCCCGAUGCUAUCCACCUAUAGACGACAAUUCUCGCAGCCUUAUCCCAACCGUUGCAAGCCGAUUACCCCAAAGACAGGAUCUCCUGAUGUAUUGUUUAACCGAAGGCCCAAGAAUGAUUUUGAGUUUACAACUGGACUGGGCUCCAAGUUCCUGGACGAUCACAUGCACAAUCUGUCCGAGGCUCGCAAGCGGGUUAACUUUUUCAGGCAGUUGAGAAAUCAGUCAUUUCUUCAGUAUUAGUGGCCUAAAUUUGUUAUUGUUUUAAUGGCGGAAUAAAAAGCUCUAUAGAAAGUGCAUUCUCAGCAUA